CAAGUGUAGGUAGCAAAGAAUGCUGGCCAAAAUACGGCUUGCGUUGCCGAAAUCAUUGUGUGAAUGUGUGCUGCACGCAGUAGACCGUUUUUUCUGUCAUUGGGAACAGUCACAGGUGAGCGGGUUCCAGUGACCAUCAAUGGAGAACCCGUUGAAUUUGAUGCGCCUGGUUUCAAAGGUCAGUUUCACGUGAUUCAUGAUACCGGCAAUGAACCUGGCGCCGUGAAACCUCCACCUGAUGGACAGAGAAAAGGCUUAAUGGUUCGAUUUCAGGGGAAGUUCAAGAAGACCGCCAGCAUGGGCCAGGAGAAUUCCACCAACAUUUGGGCAGGUGGAACGCUGGAUGGUGAACUUAACCUUGGUUGGAUCAUGUCUAAUGUUGCCAAGGUUGGUGCAAACUUCGCUAAAAAGAAAACAGGUGGCCGAUUUGUCAUCGACCUGGGUAGCAAGACCAGCCCUUGUUUCAUGGGCUUCCACAUUCGAGCCUUGAUGUGCUUCAAUCGCACUCCUGAGGGUGAAGAACCACCCAAACUUGGGAGUGAAGAAGUCGAGAACAUCGCAUGGGCGGGGCCAGGAUUGUUGGAGGUUGACACCACCAGUACAUACACGUUCGUGUGGAGAGUCGCUUACCUCGAUCUAUGCACCUGGGAAUUGUUGAAAGUACCAGCCAUCAGUCCCCUACCAUUAGAAAGCGUUCUGGGAGAGAUUAAGUCAGGCUGUGCAUGCAUCUACGAUUUGGGCCACUGUGGUGGGUCUCAUGCCAAUUUCAGGGAGAGCUUGAUCCUGGAGAUAUUUUUUGCGCGCGGCUCCGAAGGAGAAGAGUGGCCCCAACCAGCCAUUUCCCAGCUUGAGUUUGAUGACUCACCCAAGACACCACUUGAAGCUGCGUCGGAUGCCUCCGAGGAAGGUUCACAGCCUGAUCCCGAAGCGGAAGGUUUGGUGAACGAUGAUGACGCUAGUGAUUCGGACUCAACGCAGGGUUCCGAGGAGGAUGAUGAAAUUGACCAAGAUGAGGAAGCAAUCAGAGCCCUCAGCAAAAGCCAUUCCCAGGCUUUGUUGGAGAUCGAGAGUUGGCGACCUCGAGCAAUGAAUGGUCCGGCUGGAGAUAUUCAGAUUCGCUUGCCUUUCUAUAUUGAAGCCAUCGAUCGUAUCCGACGUCGCAAGGUACGAUAUUGGUACAUUUUUGGCAUUUUCAGCUCCGAAGCCGACAAACCUCAUUGGCAUGCCCGAGAUUCGCUGGAACUGGCGUCGCUCUGCCGACCGAAGCGUCGGCUGCGCACCUUUCGGCGAGGACCGGGGGCACGAAGGUACACAUGCUGCGCUGUCAAGACACUGGAGCAAUUUCGAAUGGUGGUGUUGGAUCAUUUGCAGCAAGAGGACUCCAAAUUGAGGAAUGUUUUGCUCAGAGCAGCUGAAUCUGGAACUCUGACGCCUGAAAUGGUUACAGUGGAGUCUGGUCGGCCGACUGCUGCGGCAAGUGGUACGCAAAAUACUUCAGAAAGUCCCCGAGAGCAAACUAAUCAAAUGAGCCCUUCCAGGCUUGCAAGGAAAGUGCGAAAGAAAGCAAUGGGUCUGCAACGACGACGCUGGCCAUCAAUUGCACCACGCUUCUUCGUGGCAUCUGACAGCGUGAUUUGCGCUCUUGCCUUCGCACAUGCGCGGCAAGGUCGCUCAAAAGUCAUUCAGGAGGCGUUGGUGGGAAGUGUGCAUUUUGAGGGCAGGCUCUGCGAGGAGCUGUUACGCUUAUCAUCUGAUGGCGUGCUGCGGUGCUUCACACCCUACGACUGUGAAAAGCCACGCGUCAGCGUCCACGCCACAGAGAUUUUGCAGAUCGAAGCACUUCCUGGGCUCUUCCUGGGACGUUUCUUCUUGUGGCAGGUACAUACCGGCUUGCGUGUCUUCGUGUUCUGUUGUGCUGAAGAAGCAGAGCGAGAGCAGUGGAUCUCAAAUCUGCAGCAAGUCAUGUCGCAGUUCCAUGAUUCUCAGCUGAUGGUACCAAACGACAACAAGGAUGGUGCUGCUAGUGCUGGCAAGGAUGUCAAGGAUGGGAAGCUGUUUGCCGAAUCCCCUCGUGAGGCGGCCACUCCAAAGACACCUGCCACUUGGAAAAGCUCCAGGUCAAAUCCAACCGAUGUCUUCAGCAACAUGGCCAAGAAAGCUGCAGGGAAAGUGGCUGGUGGAGCUUUCAAUGGGCUGCGGGCCAUCACUGGGGGGCAAAGAGUGCCAAGCAAAGAGGCCUUUCUAUUGAUGGAUUCGACCCGAGCCCGGCGCUGGGGGAAUCGAAGACGUUUAGUUCUGAACGACCGGAUCCUCACCAAUGCUCCAGAAAAAGACUUGGAGUCAGACAUUGCGCGAAGCCUCCUGGAGGAAGCUCUUGCUCUUGGUGAUGUACCAAAAGCAGCUGAUGUCACUGCAUUUCUUGAUGCCACUUGCCUCCUGAAGGCAAUGCGCUUUGGGAGUUGGAGCGAAGCCGAGCAGCUGGCCUUCUGGGUCAACAUCUACCAUUGCCUUCUUCUGCAUGGCUUUCUCAUUUUCGGUGCUCCGCAGACAAAAUCUGAAAUGAGCAAUUUCCGAAAUCGGGUCAGCUACUUGGUGGGCUCGAGGCCGAUGAGCCUUCGAGAGAUUGAGACGGUGAUCUUGCGUGUACCGCGAAUGGACCCGCAAGCUGCCCGUCAAGCUCGUGCUCGCGCACGUCAACUUCUAGGAGUUUUUGGUCUUUGUGGCUGCAGGGCUAAGAAGUUGCCUAAGACAACGCCCAACACAGCUUCACCAGUGUCACCAACAAGCCAUUUUGAUAUAGGAGCGAGUGAUACUCUUGGCCGCACCUUGUGUUUACCCAAGAUGCAGCUUCCAAAGUCACCUUGGGCAAGUGGAAGGGUCCAAGCAUGUCUCUAUUUAGAAAGUCCGCCAGAGAGCUGGAUUUUACCAAAGCAAGACUUGAGAGUUGUCUUGACUCUCAACCGUGGCACCCUUAGCUGCCUCUCCGCCAUCCCAGUCUUAGACCCUGAAGGCCUUGAGGCACAAUUGGAUUGCAUGGCUCACCAAUUUGUGAGCACAUUUGUAGAGGUUCAAUUGCGGGACGGAGUUCCAGAACGGGCCACGUUGCCCGUAUGGUGCCGCGGGAUUUUGCAGGAAUUCCAAGAUGAUGAACGCAAGCUCCUUACUUUCAUUUGGAAGCAUAUGGCCAAGGAAGCUGCUCUGUUACCUGAGCGAAAGGUUCGGGUGAAGUUCAAGAAGUACCCUCAAGAUGCAAGACCUCGUGCACAGUUCUUCAAGGCGAUCCUAGCAGAUGUGGCAUCGCCAGUGCAAAGAAACAAGUUUGCAGCUUUGGGCAGUGCUGCGAAGGCGGCACACUCGAAGCUUUUGACGAGGGGUCCAUCCUUCUACAAGAAGCCGGAGCCUGAAAUAGAACAUGAUUUCAGUCAUCUUCUUCAGGAGUCUGGCUUAAUCUCUUUGUGAAAGGCUUUGCCUUUUUGCCUGCGGCCCCUAGGGCUGACUGGCGGACUGGCUGCGCGAAACAGUGCUUGGCCACCACGAAAA